AUGGCAAUCCUACCCUUCCUCGUCUCUGGUCUCAUGGCCUCGGGUUCUCUAGCUGGCCCUUUGCAAUUGAGGAGCCCGAUUGAGCAUCGCUGCGGUAGCCGGUCUAUCAGCGCAGAGGAUGCCGAGCUAUUUAAACGGCAGAGCUCUCAGCCUCCGCCCACUGACAAUGGAAAUGAAAUCAACUUGGGAUGUGUUGUGCAUUUAUGCUGCGACGAGGGCGAGCGGGGAUGUCCCUCGGUAAGUUUCUUCGUUCUAGAAUACAUUGGGAGAACCUGGCAAAACCCCCCGACGCUAACCUGCCAUCUCAAGGACGAUGUCGCUCAAAAGGCUGUCGACGAAAUGAACACGUACAUCGACGGGGCCAACAUCAAGUUUAACCUGCAAAACGUUUCGCAUAUCGAUAAUGCGCGCUGCACCGCCGGCUUGGAGAAUGACCCGGCUAUGGAUGCAUUAAAGGCUGAAGUCCAUCAGGGCAAUACCAGCACCCUUAACCUUGUUUACGUGCCGACAAACCGGGGUGCAGGAACCAAGGGAGUGUGCGUUUUGCCGCAACCCAACACCGACAUUGCCCGAAAUAUUGGUAGCAAGGACGGAUGUGUCGUCGCCAUGGACACUCUGCCGCCCACCAGCACUACCAAGCCUGGCAAUGGCGGCGGCAAUCCUGGCGGCGGCAGCGGAGCUUCGAUAACAACUACGCAUGAGAUGGGCCACUGGCUUAGCCUUGAUCAUGUAGGUCAAGGCCAGGUGCAGCCUCAAGGAGGUUCCAACGGGUUUUUCAGACGUCUUCUUUCACGGCAAAACGGCAAUGGCGAAGGAAACGUCAUGGAGCCCACGUCGGUGCCAGGCAAGGAGUACGCAUUUAGCAAAGAACAACUCCAGCGAAUGCGCGAGGUAGCGCUGAGCCGCUUGGAAGAUCAAAAAGUCCCUGUGGACAACAAGAAUCCAUCUACUCCAGGUACUGACGGCCCAGUGAAUGGCCCUCAAAAUCCGAAUGAGCCCAGCCCAGGCGACUUUGAUGGCAACAAAUCCGGCCCGGGCAAGAAUCUCAACCCAGGCAAGAAACCCAACCCAGGCAAGAAACCCAACCCAAGCAAGAAACCCGACCCAAGCGACUCCGAUGGCAAUACACCCAGCCCGAGCAAGAAACCCGGCCCAGUCAUUACACCCGGCCCAGACGGCUUCGAUGGCAUUACACCCAGUCUCGGCAACGACGGCGGCCUAAUCCCCGUCCCCGGCCCAGUCAACUUCGGUGACGGCAGUAACUUUGUCAACGCUGGCGGCUCCGUCGACGGCGACCUGCAGCCAGUGAUUGAGGCUAGCCUCGGCAACUUGCUCGGCGGUGGAAAGUCUAAUCUGGUUCAAUUUUCCCGGAGGGAGGCGGCCGAGGCUAAAGCUGACGAGCCCGAGUUGGUUCACAUUUCCCGGCGGGAAGAUGACGACGAGUCCGAGUUGGUUCACAUUUCUCGGCGGGAAGAUGACGAGCCCAAGUUGGUUCACAUUUCCCGGCGGGAAGAUGACGAGCCCGAGUUGGUUCACAUUUCCUAG